AUGAAAGAACAUAAGAGAAUAAAGAGAAUAAAGUUGGAAGAACAUAGGAGAAUAAAGAGAAUAAAGUUUGAAGAACAUAAGAGAAUAGGGUUGGAAGAACAUAAGAGAAUAGUGUUGGAAGAACAUAAGAGAAUAAUGAUAAUAGAGUUGGAAGAAUAUAAAGGAAUAGAGGUGGAAGAACAUAACAAAAUUGAGAGAGGAAUAAAGAAAAUAGAGUUUGAAGAACAUAAGAGAUUAAAAAGAAUGGAAUUUGAAGAACAUAAGAGAAGAAAGGAAUUUGAAGAACAUAAGAGAAAAAAGAGAAUAGAGUUUGAAGAACAUAAGAGAAUAAAGAGAAUAGAAUUUGAAGAACAUAAGAGGUUAGAGAGCAUAGAAGUACAUAAGAGAAAAAAGAGAAUAGAGUUUGAAGAGCAUAAGAGAAUAAAGAGAGUAGAGUUGGAAGAGCAUAAGAGAAUAGAGGGAAUAGGGAUGGAAGAACGUAACAGAAUAGAGAGAAUAGAGGAGGAAAUGGAACAGCAUAAGAGAAUAGAGAGAAUAGAACUGGAAUUACAUAAGAGAACAAAGCUAAUAGAGGUGGAAGAACGUAAAAGAAUAGAAAGAGUAAAGAUGGAAGAACCAUAUCUGUGGCCGAAACUGUUUUGGUUAGUUUCGACACUGUUUCGACAUAAGCCAAAAUAUUAUGUCGAAAAGCUGAAACAAUUUCGGCAAUAUGUGUAG